CCACAUCCAAAGGAACACUCUCCUUCUUUCCUCUCCUACUUCCUCCUUCUCCUUGUAUCCAAUUGCCGCCUUUACACUGUAUAAAUCCACCUUCACUCUCAUCGCAGCCUCUUUUUUCUCUCAUUUUCCUAUUCUUCAAACACCCCUUCGGACAAAACUUUUUUUUUUGCACCGCUCUUUUUCCCGCCUGCUCUCUUUAGAGUGCUCAAUAUAAGAUAUUAAGAGAAAAUCUUUCAAAGGAGAAUCAUACUAAUACCCCCAGCAUGGACAUGGAGAGAGAUGGGAACACAAAAUCCUCCUCAGGGACAGCCACAGCACAAAGCGGCACCCCAAACCACUGCGAAGACAACACUGUCAGAUGCAAGCACGAGGAGACCACGGAUGCCGCUGUCACUUCUGCAUCCUCACAUUCUCCCGCUGCAGCUGUAACUUCAGCUGCUGACACACCCUUCCCUAUCCCUGUGUCCACGAUUGACCACUACCACCCCAACAUAGACAUCAGCAUCGCCCCACAGGAUCCUUCCCUCAGCACUGACAAUGCCCCUCUGGAUACGGACGCCAAAUCCGCAACGUUUGAUCCUGCACAACAAGCACCAGCCUACGAAGCCGUAACCGCAGUAUCGCCCCCUUCACCCCUCCCGUCCAUCCUGCCCUCGUCGCUCUCCCCCUCUGCCGAGAAUGCCUCCGUUAAGUCCGCUCCUAUUGUGGAUGAACGGGAUGCAGAGCCCUCUACUUGUAUCGAUGGUGUAAUCCUCGGAACUUCUUCCCUCGAGACAGUAACGUGUCAGCCACCAAAGGAAUCUCACAAAGGUGACCAUACCGCACAACAAAAACGCCUUGCCACUGCCCCUGGCUGCCCCUCGACCGAUGCGACGGUAAAAUAUGCACAGGAACAAGAUAAAGACGACAGCGCCCCCUCUCUUGCCUCUCCUACCGUGGCAACGACGACGACAAACAUGGCUGCUUCACGAUCGACAAGGACGGCACGCCCUGUCUCGGUCACGAUCGAAGAUGUUGAAGAAGAGCUUUUCAGGCCCACAGGUCCACAGGCAAGACGUCUCUCAUCCCUCCACGUCCAGACCGACGCCCGUGCCACUGCCGCCCCUCAGUUCUCUUCGUCCUCCUCACCGUCCCUCUCCUCGUCUUCGUCAUCUUCCCUGUCCGAGUACCUGAUCAUCGGCCAAGACCAAGUCGAAAGCGAAUCCGACCGCCGAUCGUACACGAGUAGUAGCGAGCGGUACACGUCCUCGGAUGACGCAAGCUUCAGCGAGCAAUCUUCCAGGUCCCAAUCCCCAGCACCUUCUUCGGAUGCGAAGGUACACCAUAGCGACGAUGGUCGUCCACGUCGUCGACGUGCCAAAGUCUCAUCCCGAUUCGCGGAGGGAUACUCCUAUCAAGCGGACGAGGAUCUGUACUACCAAGACGAACAGCAGCAGUAUCACCAUAUUACCGAAUCAUCAUUCGACUAUCCUACGGAGUUUGGAUUCCCUCAAGAGCAGCAGCAGCAGCAGCAGCAAGAGGAAGUUUCCUUCUCGCGACGUAAACGACGCUCUCACAAGUCCUUUCAACAGCAUGAAACAGAACCAGAUCGUGCCUCGACGCCUUCACUCCCGUCCCUCCCGGCGUUCAAGAUCCCCUCGCUCCGGAACCUGACCCGUUCAAUCGCCGAGUUCGUCGUCGCCUCUGUCCUCUGCAUAACAAUCCUCUCCUGCAUGUUCGCAUUCUCCUACGUAUCCACGGGCGCGACCCGUCUACUGGGCUGGUAUUCAGAUCAACAUAUCGGUCAACGCAUCCGUGACGGGAUCAAAGAACGUGAGCACCUCGUUCAGGAAGCGCUCGAGAAAAUGGCCGGAGAGGAAUAUGCAAAAGUCAAGCGCAGGAGUCAACAGUUCCACCAGCACCAGCACCACCACCACCACCAACAACAGCAGCAGCAUCAGCAUCAGCCACAACAAAAGCAGCAGCAAAAGCAGAACAGGAACUCGGGACAUUAUGGGCACGGUAACCAAUACCAGAACCGGUGGCAACAACAAUAUCAACAGGAACGUGAGCAGCGCCAGAAACAGCAACAGCAACAACAGCAACAGCAGCAGCAGCAGCAACAGCAGGGAACUCAAAAGGAAGGAUUAUCCACGGCAGAGUGGCAAGAGCUGAUACGGGCGGCCUCCAUCAGUUUCAUGGCAAAGUUCACGGCCGCUCCCGUUGCCCCAACGCGGUCUCCGCCUUCCUCGUCCUCCUCGUCCUCCUCUACUUCUUCAUUUGCUCGUCGAUAGAUCCAUCUUUUGCUUUUGUUUUGUUUUAUGUGUUGCAAUAGGCACACAUCAACUAUACCCAUUCAUUUUUUUUCUUUCACAGAUAUAUAAACAUCAAAAAGCAUUGUGCUUCAAAACCUGG